AUACUUCACUGUUCUCACUCUAUUCGUGCCAAUAAUGGUAGAUAGACCCGCCAUCGAUUUGCGGGUGCCGAAGGUGGUCAUAAACGCUGCGAAUGUGAUCCACGACUACGCCCAGAACUGUCUCGGCCUGGGCGAGAAGACUUCCAACUGGAACGGCGCCAGAGAGUGCAUCAAAUACUUCCGUGCUUGUAAUGCUGAGGUAAAAUUAAUAGUACAGCACGGGCUUGCCAACGACAUUCCUAAUGACAUAAGGAGAAUGUGCGACGACAUUCCUAAAUGCGACGCUAACCCUGGCCCCAGUGACGACCUCUCCACCAUCAUAGCAGCUUCGAUAACGGAUGGGUACUUCGUUGACAAUGAUAAGUAUCGGGACCAUAAAGAGAACGACUCCUUGCCUGACGAUAUCAAACGGUUUUUGCGGACAAAGGAUGCUUGCCGACACAUAUACUACUGCUGGAUGGACGGCCGAUUCAUGCCUUUUUUAAAUAGGGGAAUGGAGGAAGCCGGGUUCCUAUCCCCUUGGUGCGCCCAAGUGCGGAGGGCUUGCAGCGUCUCAGUGGAAAAGGGAGCGUCUUCAUCCAGUGAGGAGUCAGAGCCGCAGCCAGUCACAUCACGGCGUCGCAUUGAGAGGAGGUUAGAUACGUCUGAAGUAGCUCCUAGUAGGCCGCUGAUGUCGAUGGACAAAUGGAGGGUGGUUGCUGCCACCGCCACGUUGUGGGUCGACCCACCAUCUCGCGCUAGAGGCGGUCACUGGGGUCGUUCGUACAAGGAAAAGGUUUCUAAAGGGACAAUCAUCUCACAAGCCUCAGCCUUAAUGGACUUCGGCCCACAAGUUGGCGUUGCAUUCCGAACGCGGGAGGGAUCCUGGGUGCACGUUUAUGAAGUUGACAGAGCAGGACGGCGGCUGCCAGUGCUAGUACCGGUUAACAGCUCAGCAGCGUAUCCUAUUGCCGAACUGAGGCCAGCAGUGAGCUGACGCUAAUGCUCUCUUAC